UAUCUUUCAUCGUACAUUUUCUCUUUUGUAGCCACUUCAAGUGCAAUGCAACAUAUUUUCCUUUCUAUAGGAAAUAAGUAAUUAUAUUAUGCAGAAUACACAAUUUAAAUCAAUCGAUGACAAGCUUUAAGGAACAUGAUUUGAUUAGGUUAACUUCAACAUAUGAUCUAUACAACUAAUACUUCAAAAUAUACAUAUAUAUAGUUUGCGACGUAUGAGACACGAGACUGACGUAAAUAUAACGCGAGUUACAUGCAGCGAGUUACGUUGUAAAAGUAAAGUUGGAAAAAUGCAGCUGUGGGAUUUUGUUCGUAAUAUUUUUGGUGGAGGAAAUUCCAAGGAACCUCCCAUAACUGGAUAUUUUGAUCAUCAAAAUAAUGACAAUUUCAUAAAUCCAAUUUGGCAAGAUGAUGAAAAUGCAUACAACAUUAGACCAUUUGGAGAAAGCAAUCGCUUCAAUAUCUUUAGUGAUCCAUUGCAAAUGGCACAUCACUUUAUAUCCCAAAUAGAUCAUAUGUUAAGCGAUCAUGUUUUUGAUAAGUUCAUGUUUGGCUUUGGUAAUGAAGGACAGAAUAUAUUUACAGAUGCAUUUCCAUUUGCAUCUCCACCUAAUGAGAAUUUACGUGAUAAAAUGUUAAAAUCACCCAAUCAUGAUAUGUUAAGUCAACCAGCACUUAAGUUAGAUACAGAUUUAGAUGGAAAGAUUACUCCAGAUAAUUUUUCAAAUGUUUGGGAUAAGCAAAAUGAACCAAAUUCAGAAGAGCUUAGACCAUUUACACGCAUAACUGGAAGAUCUGUAAUGAAAGAAUAUGUAAGGGGACCUGAUGGGAUUAUAAAGCAAAAGCAAGUAAUUCGAGACCAUGAAGGAAAUGAGGAAACAAUUAUAUCAGAAAAAGCUGGUGAAAAAAUGUACACUGUUGUUAUAAAAAAGGAUAAAAAUGGAGUAGAAACGAAAACCGAAAAUUUUUACAAUACAAAUGAAAGUGAUUUGACAGAUGGAAAGGACCUGUUAUUGAAAAAUGACCCCACUUUCAAUCAUUUUAAUGUAAAUUUAUUUCUAUGGAAAAACUUCUUCAAUCCUAACCCAAAAUUAUAAACAAGUAAGAAAAUCCAUAUAGUAAAUUUUAUAUAGCAAAGUACAUACUAGUAAAAUGAUUUGUGUUCUGACUACUAGUAUUCUUCUCUUUCUCAAUGUGUUUGGAGAUGAAUAUGGACAAUUAAAAAAAAAAAGGAAACUGAAACAUAACUAUUGGGAUGGGAUUUGUUUAUACUUGGUAUAUAAAAAAAAAAUGAUUCAAAUUAAAAAUAUGUCAUUUAUUGUACAAUACAACUGUACAAGUACAAAAUUGUGGACUGAAAUUACAAUCCUUGUGUUUAGUCAAAUAAACCUGUAAAAAAAGAAUGCAAUUAAAAUAGAUUCUAGUUCUUGGACAAUA